GUGAAAAUGGAAAGUAAAGAUUCAAAACUAAUAAAGAAAACGGGCAGGAAAACCCCUAAGUACUGUUGUAUUUGUAAAGGAAUUUACAGAGGAAAGGUUAUUGAUGGGAGAAAAGUGUCAUUGCACCGUUUUCCUCAGAACAAACGUUUAAAACGUGUGUGGGUGCAGCGAUGUAAAACGGUCAUGAGAUCGUUCCAGUGGAAUGAACACAGACGAUUGUGUAGUGAGCAUUUUGUUGGCUUCAGAGGACCUUCAUUCCAGCAUACACUUCCAUCUAUGUUUCCAACUGAGACUGGUGCUACCAAAACCUUCCAGCCAACGCUCCUUGAUGAAGACGUAGGUGAUGAUGAUGAUGGUGAUACGGUCAAUGACGAUUUAGACCUAGAACUGUCAAAUGAUGAUAGUAUACAGCCACAACUGUCAUUUGUAUCCCCUUCCGGGCAUGCCAUUGAUACCUCUGUCCACCUGCAUGAUUACUGCAUGGGACCAGUACUACAGCCACAGAAUCAGUCCUUUAGAUGUUGUGACACACAGACUGAGAACAACUGUGCAGUGAUGGAAGUACAAACUGAAGAAAGUUUCCUGGGAAAAACAGCAGACUUCAGUUCACAAACAGAACAUUCUACUAGAGACUUUGGUGUACAAUGUCAGCUACCUAUGCUCACAUAUGAUGACGUAAAAUACAAUGACGAUUUGGUCAGUUUUUACACCGGAAUCCCUAAUCGAGUUGUGUUUGAAGCUUUGUUUGAUGAAAUCAAGGAUGAAGCUGAAGUGCGGACAUCAAGGCGGAAACUUAACUAUAAAGAUUCAGAUGGAGGACGGCCAAGAACUCUAAGUGUUCUGGAUGAAUUUUUCAUGGUGCUGAUGCGCCUACGUCUAGGUCUGUUAUUUGAAGAUCUAGGUACUAGGUUUUGCAUAUCCACUUCACAAUGUAGUGACAUUGUUGAAAGAUGGAUCAACUAUUUACAUGUACAAUUAUCCUUUCUUGUUCAAUGGCCAUCUCGUGAGGUAGUGAAAAAUAACAUGCCUGAACAAUUUAAAGAGAAAUAUUCUAACACUAGAAUUAUUAUCGACUGCACUGAAAUUUACAGUGAAACAUCCAGUUCUCUUUCUUUGAAAAGUUUAAUGUACAGUGAUUACAAGUCUCACAUGACUCAUAAGAUUUUGGUGGGUAUAAGCCCAAAUGGUGUUGUAACUUUUGUUUCUGACUGUUGGGUGGGCUGUACCAGUGACAAGAAACUCACAGAAAAAUGUGGACUCUUGGACUUGCUUGAAGAAGGAGACGCCAUAAUGGUUGAUAAGGGUUUCACUAUUACAGACCUUACUACUCCAAGAGGCAUUCAUCUCAUUAUUCCACCAUUUAAACAGAAAGGAAAACAAUUCUCUAAACGUGAGGUUCUCCUUACAAAAGAUAUUGCAAGUUUACGAAUACAUGUUGAAAGGCAAAUGGAGAGAAUCAAGAACUUUCGAAUAUUGCAUGGCAAUAUUCCUAUAACACAGUCAAGGAGAAUUUCUAAAGUGUUCAAAAUAUGCACAUAUUUGACAAAUCUAUGGCCACCACUUGUUCAAUAAUAACUCAUGUGUCAAUGAAAGCGUUUGUAUAUAUCAAGCAUUAGAUUUAGGGAUAAAAACUUGUAUACUUCUAACUAGAACAAUGAAAUUACAAUUUUGUUUUAAAAUCAUUUUUUCGAGCAAGUUAUAUGAUAACAUAUGAGAUUACACAUUUGAUUCAGGUUUGACAAA